UUCUUUUUUUUUUUUUCCAUUUUAAUUUUGUUUGGUUUUUGUCUAAUUUUUAGUCGAUUUUUAGGAUUGUUGUUGUUAUUAUUAUGUGAAGUGAAAAUAUUGGCGUUAUGCGUUUUGUUUUUAUUUAUUCAAUUUAGAAGCGUUUAAAUUGUAGAAUUUCUGAGAUUUAGGGUUCUAAUUUCUUCUUUUAAUUCUAUAUUUAUGUCUUGAUGUGUUGAAAUUUCAUGGAUUUGAUGGUUUUUAGGUUAGAAAUUAGGCUUUGAUGAGUAAUUACGAUUGAAAAUGCAAAAUUUGGGGAAUUAGGGUUUAAGUGGGGUAUAAUCUUGUUUGUAGAUAUAUUAAGAGGUUGUGUAUUGAGAUAAUUGUAUUGAUUGUUUUCGGCUUUAAUUUGACUGUCUAUUUUGUGUUGUGCAUUUGAAGGGAAGCUUCUUAUAUUAUCCGGAAUAAGUUGUAAUUGGGGUUGUUUUUGUGGAGUUCUACAAUCAUGAGUUUUGUUUUUCGAGGAACUCGGGCUGAUAUUGAGAAUGCAUUUCCAGGAAUGAUCCCAGAACGGCGUGUGCGCAUUCAUGCCACACGGCCAGUGAAUACCAAUUCACUUGCUUUCCUUGUAACUGUACUUUUGCUCUUCAUGAUACUAAAUUCGAAUCAAAUGUCACCGAAUUUUUUGCUGUGGCUGGUAUUUGGUUUCUUUUUGCUGGCUACUAGCCUAAGAAUGUAUGCCACAUGUCAACAUCUUCAAGCUCAGGCACAAGCACAUGCUGUAGCAGCAAGUGGCCUUCUUCGCCAUACUGAGCUGCGUUUACACAUGCCACCAUCGAUUGCAUUUGCCACAAGAGGACGUCUUCAAGGCCUUAGGCUGCAGCUUGCACUUCUUGACCGCGAGUUUGAUGAUCUAGACUAUGAAACAUUAAGAGCACUGGAUGCUGAUAAUGCGCCUGCAAUUUCUUCAAUGAGUGAGGAAGAAAUUAAUGCCCUUCCUGUUCACAAGUAUAAGGUUAACAGUGCAGAAAGUGAUAUAACAGAAAAGCAGCAGGCAUCAUCUUCAGCAUCCCUGGAGCAGAAGGGGCAGGAAAUUUCGAUCAAUGUUGGCAGCUCAGAAGAUGAACUAACUUGUAGUGUGUGCUUGGAACAAGUAAAUGUUGGAGAACUUAUUCGUAGCUUGCCAUGCUUGCACCAGUACCAUGCUAACUGCAUUGACCCAUGGCUUAAACAGCAGGGGACAUGUCCUGUAUGUAAAUUCAAGGUUGGGGCUGGUUGGCACGAUGACGAUUGAUGGUUCAUACACGGUUUAGGAAGUGGCUCUUACCACCUUAUUUACAUUUUUAUGUAGCUGUAAAACUUGAUGUCUCAUCAUUCAUGUGAAGCUGCUGUUCUGUCAAUUGUCAUACCCUUGUAUUAGGACUAUUGGCUGGUACUGCAACUAGGUUUAAUUUGGACUUUGGUAAACUAUUUAGGAAAUUUACCAACGGCUUGUUUGGUAUAAGGUAAUAUAUAAAGAGAAUGACGAUUGCAUUCACAUUUGAUGUUUCAUGUGAAUAUGAACUUUAAAAUACCAUUUAUCGGCGUGCGUAUGAGUGGUAAUGAAGAUGCGUUGGGAAUAAUGUUUGUUAAUGGCGCUGAUGUUCUUGGGUUAGCAUAUGAAGGUUACAUGUAGAAUUUAUUGCCGUCUUUUGAAACAUUAUUAUGUUGUACCAAACGAGUCGUUCGAUUUGAUCCCUCGAUAGCUUGUAAAUAUAUUAGUAUCAUUGA